AAAAUUGGAUCGAAAUUUUGAGCAGCAAUGUGGAAGAGCAGAAGAUUAAGUUGAGCUAUUUAAGCAAAACUUUUGGAUAAUAUAUCAAGGAGAAGCAUUAAAUGGGAAACCAGUGGGAAACCAACAAAGACUACGAGAUCUCAUGGCAGGAAAUUUCAGGUCACGGUCGAGAAGGAAACCCCUGGGAUCUUGCUGAAGCCGUGUAUCAGAAAACUCUAAGUAAUAGAGCCAGAUGCAAACAAGGCUUGUUGGUAUUUUAUUUGAGGCUUCGGUUGGAGAUGCUUGUCAAGAAAUGUGGCAUGAAGAUUGUCAACUCUGCAAAGCCUAAGCCUGAGAAACAGAUGAAAAUCUUGAAAACACAUGAAAGGACUAGUCGAUGGAAGAUAUUUUGGAUGACGAGAACGAUGGAGACUAUAUGGAUGCGGAGUCGCAGGGCCAUAGCAACACUUCCUCUUUUCCAAUAUAUAAUGCAUCGCUUUGAGAUUUGGAUGCCAAGAUUAACCCAGGUCAAACCAACAAAUACUGCGAGAUCUCAUGGCAAGAAAUUUAAGGUCACGGUCGAGAAGAAAACCACUAGGAUAUUGGGGAACUUUGGAUGGGCUUAUAUGCAACUAAGGGACUAUACAGCAGCUAAAGACGUGUAUUGGAAAGCUCAAGUGAUAGAGCCAGAAGGAAUGUUGGCAAACAUAAAGUGCAUGAUUCAGGUUGGUUUUAGAGGUGAGGCUUCGGUUGGAGAUGCUUAUAACCAAAUAUGGUUUGUGAAGCCUGAGGAAAAGAUGAAACUUCUGAAAAAAACACGAAAGAUCAAGGAUUGUAAGGAGACACUAUAUGUAGCUGGCUCUAACAUAAGUAGAUCGCAGCAUUCAAAAGAAACUUCAUUAGAGUACCUUUCCAACUCAGUUGACAAAUGCUCUCAUAGAAUGCCAGAGGUUUCUAGAAGAACUUCAUCUUCGAUUAUAACAAGACGAUCAGCCAGCCACGAACUCCCACUUCUUAAAGCACUGCAAUCCGUGGCUAAGAAACAUAAGAGAGGCAUCGUGAUGCUUCUUUCAGGUCUACCGCAAAUGACUUCAGACAUAAUUAGCGUAUAUCAAUUCUUAGAUGAAGAAAAUGGUGGAGGAAAUGAGAAAUUACGUAGGUACUUCAAUAAGGUGGUUGGUUGCCUUGAUGGAAAGAUGAUAUGGCCAUAUCAAGGCUUCCUUCAACAUUGCUUCUCCUUCAGAGCAAAAACAAGGAAAUUACAAAAAGUCGUGUCAGUAUUACAGGUGAGGCUUUGGCUGGAGAUGCUCAUCAAGAAGUGUGGCAUGAAGAAGGCUGUCAAGUCUGUGAAGCCUAAAGAAACAUAUGAAACUCCUGAGAAACACGAAAGUAGGUGGAAGAUAUUUUGGAUGAGGACAACGAUGGGACUAUAUGGAUGCGGAGUCGUAUGGCCAUAGCAAGGCUUCCUCUUCUUCGAAACCUAAGGCAUCGCUUUGAGGUUGAUUGUUAUAUACACAUUUUGGCAUAAUUUUGGCUUGCUAUGCCUUUGGAUCUAUCUAUUCGAUCGACUUUUUGGUGCCAUGUUACAGAUUCAAGUAUAUUCAGAACCAGAGUCUUCUUGAAGUGGAUGAGUCAGACGAUGAACCACAAAACAAGAUCAGCUCUUUGAACAAGAGUUCGAUGUGGAAGAACUUCUAAGUUAGCUGUUUCUCUGUAAACUAAUCUAAUCGAGGAAGAACAUUCCUGGAAAGAAAAGGAUGAUAAUCUA